AUGGCUCCAACAAAAUCGAGCGCCAGCUCUAUACUUUCCAAUUUACCACUGAGAACGACGAUAUCCACGCGCAGCAGAGCAGCCACCCAAUCUUUAACCAACGUUAGAACGACCAAGCUGAGCGUGAUCAGCGUUAAAAGGAAAGCCGACGCUUCCCCUUCGAAGGACGCCAAGACGACCAAAAGAAUAGCAUUCAGCGAAAAGAACAUCAACAUCACAGAGGCGAAGACCAAACAGGUCGAUGCCAAGCAAAAGAUUACUCUCAAGAAAGCCGCAACCCAAGUGAAAACAGUCACGACGCUUAAGGCCCAAUUGAAAACUCUUCCAUCUGUUAAGACUGUGGCUCGUGUGAAACAAAACGAGAACAUUGCUCCUCUUGCUCCCGUACAUAAGGUAUAUUCUAGAAAACCUACAAAAAUUGUAGUUCCUAAUCAAACUGCAAUAAAACCCAAAGAGGUGCUUAAGGAAAACAAUACUAAAUGCAAUAAAAGACUUAGUAAUGAUUUUGAAAAGACUGAAGAUACUCUGUACUCCUCUGCUUUAGAAGAUAUUUCUAGUAAUGAAUCUACCUACUUCAGUGCGAAGAGACACAAUUUGAGAUCGUCGAGAAGCUCCGAAUCCGAAUCGACCUCAUUCGAUAAAAAUGAGAAAACUGAAGAGAACGCGUCCAGCGUAUCGAUGGUGGCCAGACGUAUGGAGAUUGCUUUGCAUCUCGGAAACCACUCUGUUCCGGACCAAAUAGACGAUUUCGAUAAAGAAAAUUGGGAGGACGUGUUUCAAAUAUCCGAAUACGCCAUUGAUAUAUUCCACUACCUCAAAGAGCGAGAAUCCAGCUUCCCUAUAGUCGACUACUUGGGGCGACAAGUGUGCCUGACUCGUAUCAUGCGAUCGCUGUUGGUCGAUUGGAUGGUUGAAAUCCAGGAGAGCUUCGAGCUGAACCACGAAACACUUUAUUUGGGUGUGAAGAUAGUCGAUAUGUAUCUAGGAAAGGUAGUUGUGGGCAAGGAAACGCUUCAGUUGGUCGGAGCUGCUUCGAUGUUCAUCGCCAGUAAAUUCGACGAGCGAAUUCCUCCAUUGAUCGAUGAUUUCCUCUACAUAUGCGACGGGGCUUACACGAAAAGGGAGUUGAUCAGAAUGGAGAUGAAUCUAUUGCAAGUCAUCAACUUCGAUUUGGGCAUUCCGAUCAGUUAUAGAUUCCUGAGGAGAUACGCAAGGUGCGCUAAAAUCCCGAUGCCCAUUUUAACAUUGGCCAGAUAUAUAUUAGAGUAUAAUUUGAUGAAUUACGAUGUAAUUACCAUUCGAGAUUCCAAACUAGCUUCGGCGGCUCUGUACAUGGCGCUUAGGAUGAAAGAAAUAAGCAAUUGGACACCAACUCUAGAAUUUUAUACAGGUUACAAGUUAGAGGAAUUUAAGGAUGUCAUUGUAUCGCUAAAUAAUUAUUUAAGCCAACCAGCUAAGUCACAAUUGAUGACGGUGAGGAACAAAUAUUCGCACAAAAUAUUUUUCGAAGUGGCCAAAAUUCCGUUGCUUAAGAAUGAACAAUUUUAA